UAGCAGUGUUUUGCUAAUUGGAUCACAAUGAAGAUGUUCGCAUUGUUCGCUCUUAUGUACUGUGUGCUACUUGCAGUCAGCCAGGAUGCGCCAACAACCGGACCCAAGAAUCCUUAUUGUGAUCAGCAGCUCUGUCCCAUGGGCAAACGUCAUGUGGCCUGCGAAAGAUUUUUCAAUGAAUCCCACAAGGUUUGCACCACCGAGCAUACAGUGCUGGUGAAUCUGACAAAUCAGUCCGAAAUCAUACUGAAAGCGCACAACGAACAGCGGCAACGCUUGGCCAUGGGUAAGAACACAACAUUGCCACGUGCUGCACGCUUGGUUGCGAUACAAUGGAGCGAAGAACUCGCCACCCUGGCCAGCUACAAUGCACGCAUGUGCCAGGCCAAGCACGACGAAUGCCACAACACGGCCAACUUUAAGCGCUCUGGCCAAAAUAUUAUUCUGUUCAACAUGACGCGUCUGGUGGAGAAUGAGCUGAUGGAGAAGAUGUAUCCGCAGCUGUUGGGCAUUGGCGUCCGUACUUGGUGGGGCGAGCACAGCAGCAACAGCAGCAACUUGAUGACCGCAGCGGAUGUCGAGCACUAUCCCUGCCCAAUGUGGAGAGGCAGGCAGUCGCCACUGUUUCGCCAUUUUGCGGUCAUGGCCGUGGAGAAUAACACGCAUGUUGGUUGCGCCGCCUCUCGUUAUGUGGCCAAGGAGAUAACCUACUUCAAGCUGACCUGCAACUAUGCUGAGAACUUUGUGUGCGGCAGGCCGAUCUAUCACUUCCGCGCCGUCGGCUGCCUCACCGGUCCCAACAUGCAGCACAAAGCGCUCUGCUCCAAAAAGGAAAUAUUUGCCUAAAUGCCAGCAUAACCAACUACACAAAUACCCUAAUGCAAGCACAUAAUACCAACAAUAUAAUCUAAUACGAAUCCUCCUCCUCCAUCUCCACCCCUUUGACACCACAAACAAGCCACAAAUAAAGCCCAAUGCCCAACGCUCGAUGCCCAAUGCUCGAUGCUCAAUGCAUUCAUUCAGUUUGGGGCGUGUUAAAUUAAUGCUUUGCAUAUUUAUCUCAUUUCGAAUGGCGUUUUCUCUGGCGCGUGCCGAUCCACCAAUAAAUAUUCCACAUACCAAAGAGAGAAGAGCCGCUCUCACUCUGCACCCAAUUCCCUGACUUGUCUCACUUUGCGUGGCAAAUGUAAAAUCAUUACGCAUGCAAAAUUCAAACGGCGCAGCAUCAAAAUGGAAUUUCUGCUAAUUUCCUGUGCAUUGCAAUAAAGUUUAUCGCGCUCAGCUCACAGCUCACAGCUCGCGGGCAUACCCCAGAGUCUGAGCGCGGGGGGCAGAGGGUAUAACUACUAUCAGGAUGCCGGGAAUUGGCGCUGUUAUGUGCCAAAGCAAUUACCUGGACAAAAGCGACAAAACUGCCAAU